AUGAAAAAACUUCAAAUUCCACCUGUUGAAAAAUUGAAAAUAAUUUUAUAUGCUGAUGACAUACGAUCAAAUAAUCCUUUAAGUUCUUAUCGUGCUACAGAAUCAUUUUUACAUGUUUCAUAUAAAAUUCAUUUGCUAAAAAAUACUGAAGUUGCUAAAUUAACUUCAAAAGUUAAAAAUAUACAAACUAUUAGAGUAAUAAAGUCAGAAGUUACAAAAACAACAAAAUACAAUAAAUUAUUAAGAUUUUUAAUUGAUAAAAUUGAAGACCUUCAAAUUAAAUACAAAAAAAAAUUGUAA